UUUAUGUACCUCCUACCAAAUAUAACAGAGUAUAAAAUCAAUCCCAAACUUAAUAAUGAAUAUGCCACCCUAUCCUAUAUACCAAACGACCCCUAAGUAUUAUGCUAACCUUGUACUCCAUCGAACACUCAAGAAUCCCCCGGUAGCUAUAAAAUCACCAAAUUUAGCCUAAAUCACCGUCUGACACUUCUCCUUACAAUAACACUUGGAUUUAGAAAUUCUUUUCACUUCUUUCCCUUAAAGAAUCGCUACAAAUAAUCAGAUCAAAUCUAGACAGAUUAAAGUUUCUUCUUUUUUUUUUUGAUAAUGAGGAAGAGAGAAAGAGAAAACCCAUGUGGUAUUUGUGGUCAUUAUCACAAGUAUGAAGAAGGUGAACCAUGUGGGAUUUGUGGUCAUAGAAUGGCUGUUGUAACUGAUAAGAGUUCUUCAAUACAAGUUAGUGCUUUUCCUUCAGAGAUCUUGCCUGAGUUUCUUUACUUGGGUAGUUAUGAUAAUGCUUCCAGAGCUGAACUUCUCAAGACUCAAGGGAUUUCUCGAGUUCUUAAUACUGUACCUGCUUGUCAAAAUCUAUAUAAAAAUUCCUUUACUUAUCAUUGCCUUCAAGAUGACCAGGAUUUGCACUUUGACGAUGCCAUCCAAUUCUUAGAACAAUGUGAAAAGGAUAGGGCUCGUGUUCUUGUACAUUGUAUGUCAGGGAAAAGCAGGUCACCUGCCAUUGUAAUUGCUUACCUGAUGAAAAGUAAAGGCUGGAAACUUGCACAGAGCUAUCAGUGGGUGAAAGAUCGCAGACCUUCUGUCGACCUUAAUCAAGGGGUUUACCAAAAACUACAGGAGUAUGAGCAGAAGAUCUUUGGGUCACUGGAGAACCAGCCUGCCUCUGCCAUGCCAGUCUUCACUUCUCCCGUGCCAGCCUUCAGCUUUAACUACCCAACACCCACUGAUUCAGUUCAAAUUCCAACCUUCAACAGUUCUGGUGCUACAUCAGUUUUUGCUCGUCCUGUUUUUGGCGUUCCUCCACAGGAUUUCACCUUUGGAGCUGCUGCUCAUAAUCAGCGGAAUACCUCAGAGAGCGACAUUGCUAUGGAUGGUUCGUAAUACUAUCUGCCUUUUGCUUUUGUGGAAUCCUCGACUUGAAUGGUCGUUUAGAAAGUUACACAAGUCGCUGAGUCAGUUGACAGUUCGUCAGGAGUUUGCGGAUGUAAAGUGGGAGGGAAUGCUUUAUAUUAUACUCACUAGUUUUAAAGUAUGACAUGUUAGUACAGUAUGGUACCUUAUUUUUCUGGAAAAUUCAAGUGAGACUUGCUCUAAUCUAUGCAAGCUUCUGAGAAUUAUGUUCGGUUAAUUCCGCUAAUAACUGCAUGGUGUAAUGCAAGUAAAUAUUAACCAUGGGAGGUUGAGUUUUGACCCGAUAGAA